UGCUGGAGCUGGUGGGGACAAGUGUGCUGUAUGUAGCUCUAUAUGGAACAUUGCUACAUUAAAAAUAACAGUUGUUUUCAUCAGAAAGGAAGUGAAUAACCUGUUAUACCUUGCAGCGUGUGUCAGGUCAGCUCAUCUUCUGAAGUCACAACACUAGCAAUGAAUUCGUCUAGCAUUCCACCAUUUGGCUGUCCAUCCUCAAUUGAUCCCCGCUACUUUACACUAUGUGACCUGAAGGCAGUUUGGGGCAUUGUGGUGGAGGCGGUUGCUGGUGCUGGGAUUUUGACUUCCUUUUUGCUGCUGGUUAUAAUGGUGGCAAGUCUGCCAUUUGUUACAGACAAAAGGAGGAAGAGUGUGUUGGCUCUGCAGGUCAGCUUCAUUAUUUUCAGUUUGGGGGUCUUUGGCUUGUCAUUAGCUUUCAUUGUGGGAGAGGACAGCACCACCUGCAUAGCUAGGAGGUUUGUGUUCGGAGUGAUGUUUGCGGGUUGCUUCGCUUGCCUGUUGAUGCAUGGUCUUUGGUUGGUGCUACUUGAUCGCCAUAAAACACCCCCUAAAGGAUGUCUCUUUUGGCUUGGAGGACUAGGUAUUUGGUUGGUGGAGAUCAUUAUCAAUACAGAAUGGAUUAUUAUUAUACAGAUGGACAAUGGAGUGAUGUUCAAGCCUGAUAUCUGCAAUAUCAAAAAUGAUUUCACCAUGGCACUCAUUUACGUCAUGAUACUCUUGGUUGCUGUGGUACUUUUGGCUGUGCCUUCAAUGAUUCAUACGCACAAGUCCUUCCGGCAAGACGCACUUUACAUCUUGGUGACAGGGAUCCUCUCCAUUUGUAUUUGGAUGGUUUGGAUUGUGAUGUAUAUCCAUGGCAACAAGAUGUCCGGACAUUCAAACUGGGACAACGCAACACUGGCCAUAGCCUUGGUGUCCAAUGGCUGGGUUUUCCUUAUCAUGUACACCAUUCCUGAGCUGUGUGCUCUAAAUCAAGUGACAGAAAACAUGGAUGAAGUAAGCCUUGAAAGCCAGAAUUCUACAAGGUGUGGAGUCUAUGAGAACAUCACAGAUAUGAACGUAGAAUCACCCUAUAAUGGGUAUGUUGGACGAAGCUGUUUGUACCAGCCCACUGAACUUGCCCUGAUAAGCAAAGGACCAGGCAAUAUCUCUCAGGAGGGAGUGCUACCUAGGGCAACAGCUCCACCACUGGUUCCAUCCAGUAGGGGUUCUCUUCCCAGAGAAGGAUAACCUUUAUCUUCAACGGACACAAAGCAGACAUGUAAGAAUAUGGAGAAGAAUUAGUACCUAAUUGAAAAGCAAACACUACUGUGGAUAAAUGUAAAUACAAAGCACAAGAUACAUUGCUUUUCCACACUAACAUGCAGAAUAUGUAGCAAAAUGAAAUCUAAAACCACCAUUACAUUUCACUGCACACAAUACACAAGAAUUUACAUUUUCAAAUCCAAACACUGAAUUUGUGUCAGAAUUAAAUACAAUACAAUACGAAAUGUAAU